GCUGACUAGGGAAUGCAAGUAUCCUUCACCAUAAACUUUGAAUGUUUCAGGUAACAACCACAGAUGGCCAGUGGCAGCGUCAGUGCGGCUUCCUCGGUUACACAUCGCUGAAAAGUUCUGAACAAGCACUGCAGGAUUUGUGUUCAGUUACAAUGACUGUCUUUAGCAUACUCUUGAAUAUGCUUCCGGAGCAGAGAUGCAGGCAAAGUGAUAUGACUAGGGAAGACAGGCUAGUCCUGUUCCUGAUGAAGUUAAAGCUUGGAAUCAGUUUUACGGCGCUUGCAUCACUGUUUGGUGUGUGCAGGACGACUGCUGCACGGGCUUUUAAGACCACGCUAGACAUUUUAAGCUUCACCUUACAUGAUUGGGUCUAUGUUCCACCACGAGGCGCCAUCAGGGACACAAUGCCAGAUUCAUUCAAAACACACCAUCCGAAGUGCACGUUCAUCAUAGACUGCAUGGAGAUUAGAACUGAAGCUCCAACAGAUGCCGAGCAGCAACACUUCUUGUACUCACACUACAAAGGUUCUUACACGCUUAAGUUUCUUGUCUGCAUUAUACCAAAUGGCAUGGUUGCAUUCCUUUCUCAAGCAUACGGCGGCCGCCAUAGUGAUGCCUUCAUCACCCGUGAAUCUGGCUUUCUGUCCCUGAUCGAGCCUGGUGAUGUGAUCCUUAGUGAUAAGGGCUUCCCAAGCAUCACAACAAGUAUUGAAGGUUGUGGUGCAGUUAUUGUGAUGCCACCAUUUUCAUGUGGAUCCCAACUUUCUGAGGCCGAAAUGGAAAGAACUUAUCAAGUAGCCCAAGUUCGCAUCCACGUGGAACGGGUCAUUCAAAGACUGAAGAUAUUCAAUGUUCUGAACAACCGAGUGCCAAUCACGUUAAUACCACACAUGUCCAAAAUUAUGAGAGUGUGUGGAGCACUUGUAAAUUUGCAAAGUCCAAUAAUAAAAACGUGAACGGCCAAGCAAAACAUGGCCAUUCCCUGUAGUUGGUGCACCUCUCUUGCUGUCUCCAAUGUGCUAAGUUAAACACAACCCUCUUGAGGCCAAAAGCAGAGAAUUAAACGCUUUAUUACAACUAUGUACAGGAGCUAUCACACAUGCCGAAACGAAUAUGCACAUUAAGAAACACAAACAUUUUGUGGCUGAAGACACGGUAACAGUUUAGUGAAAAAGAAAUGCUCCAACUUUGCGAUCAGGGGCAAAAGGAACUCGUCAUCCCUGUUAAUAUAGAGGUACACACUUUGCACAGAGCUGUACACGUACAAGAUCGCCUUGCUCAAGUUCAUUAUAUACAUCUGGACCUGGAUUUGAGUGAAGUAUUCGUGAGACUUUUUCAGGGUGAGCUUGUCAUCGACGUAUGUUAGGUAUUUGACAAAGGACACCUUUCCUGCUUCGUCCACUACAGGCAAGCCCUCUCUCGAAUAUGGACACUUAAUUUCUGUCACGACGGUCUCCCCGUUGAUGCAGACCAAGCCAUCUGGGCUGCAGCAUAGCCAUGGUUGGUACGGGAGAACUACCAGUCCAGUCUGCAAAAAUUGCAGCCAUUCAUGUCAUUCAAACACAACAAGCUUGAAAGAAAACUAUUACCUCAAAGAUCUUUGUAGAUAACAGCGCCUCAAGUGCUUUCCGUGCAACGCUUUCAUUGCGUGUGCCUGAAGAACAAAAAUUGGAAGGGGCAUAUCAGGAACACAGACUGCAAAACCUGAAAAUGAUGACAGACAGGAACAUACCGUAUGAGGUAGCCCGACUUGUGAACUUUUUUUGCGAAAGCAUCCUGUUUACUAGGCUUUCAAAGUCCCUUUUCCUAAUCCACACACCAUGUGCCUUGGUGCUUGAUAUGCGGAAUUUUCGCUCAGCAUUCCAACUGCAGUAGGAAAUCAACAAUGAGCAAAGGAUAACAAUUCUGUUUUGCCGCCUUCAACACAAACACUUGUCUUGUCAUAUGCAAAUAAUUUGUAAGCUUACCGUGGGGACUUGCUUUGCCCUGUAGUUUUCACUGCAACGCUCAUGGGGUCCUCAUGCAACGCAAUGUUUGCUUCGAAGAAGUUCGUGGCCUCCUUUGACAGACUCUGCAGUAAACUUGCCGAUACAAAGCUUCCCCCUGGCAUGGUUGUUGGGUUGUCGUGGUGGAACAGUGACCUGGUAGCUUUCGUGACACUGAGAAGAGUAGAAAGCGUUUCCUCCUCCUCCCUCAUGACCACAGCGUCCAAAAUUCCAUCAAGCACUUCUUGGCAAUCCCAUUGAAUCGCACCCUUUGCCUCAGACUCAAUAACCACAGUAAGCGAGCAAGUAAACCCAGGGUACGCCUUGAGGACAUCUGCUGGUGUCUUCCUCUUUCGGGCCCGGUUAUGGUUGGUUGAUUCAGCUGUGCGUACAAAAAAGAAGGAAGUUGAGAGAAUCACCACCUUAGUUACAGUUGGGUGAUAGUCAUGGCCGACAGAGCAUUUUCUCUUCAGAGAAAGGUAAAACGUCAGUACAGGAAACAUACAGAAUGCAGAUGAAUGAUCAUUGGGUCAGCAACCAAUGAUCAGUGAUGCAGGCAGCCACAUCAGCAGCGCUCAGCAGAGACGACAGGAGUAGCCUCAUCAGCUCUAAAACCACAACAAGACAGACUUAAACGAACAGCGUCGAACAGGGCCGUUCGUGCGCGUCAUAUAUCCGAAUU